GUACUGCGUCACUCGAUGACGCACGUUUUUAAAUCUCCGGCGGGCUCGUCAAAACAUCACUCAGCGCCAGGAGGUAAAUAUUAACCCGAGCAGCGCGUUGAGAAGAGGCCAGAGGAGGCUUUACCUGCUGCGGGGACGUGGCGACGACGGGCAGCAUGAGCUCCAAGGCGCGGACGCUGUGCACGUCUUUUGUGAAGCUGCACCAGGCGACUCGGAGGUUUUCAGAGAGCAGCGACAAAGGCUGGUUUCGUUCCUUAUUUGUGCACAAAGUCGAUGCCAGGAAAGAUGCCCACUCCAACCUGCUGUCAAAGAAAGAGACCAGCAACCUCUAUAAAAUUCAGUUUCACAAUGUCAAACCAGAGUGCCUGGAGGCAUACAACAGUCUAGAGGCAGAGGUACAAAACCGGCUCCAUCAGGACCAGGACUACCCAUGUGAGGUGGUUGGAAGCUGGAAUACUUGGUAUGGAGAGCAGGACCAAGCUGUGCAUCUAUGGCGAUACAGAGGAGGCUACCCAGCCCUGACUCAAUGUCUGCAGAAGCUCAACAAUAACAAGGAGUAUUUAGAGUUUCGGAAAGAGAGGGCGAAAAUGCUGAUUUCAAGGCGAAAUCAGCUUCUGCUGGAGUUCAGUUUUUGGAACGAGCCGCUGCCUAGACCAGGACCAAACAUCUAUGAAAUGCGCACUUACUACCUCAAGCCAGGAACCAUGAUUGAAUGGGGCAACCACUGGGCCAGAGCCAUUAAAUACAGGCAAGAAAACAACGAGGCAGUAGGCGGCUUUUUCUCCCAGAUUGGUGACAUGUAUGUUGUUCAUCACUUAUGGGCAUACGAAAACCUCCAGGUCCGUGAAGAGACAAGAAACUCUGCCUGGCAGAAAGAGGGAUGGGAUGCAAACGUGUAUUAUACAGUGCCUUUGAUCAGGACCAUGGAGUCUAGAAUAAUGAUUCCCACCAAGAAUUCACCGUUGCAAUAGAAAAGUGCCUGAAACUACUUCCAGGGCAACAAUUGAUAUCUGUUUGCUGGAUGAUUUAUGUUACCAUCAAGUAUGUAAAGAAACCUUUUUUUUCUAUUCACAUAAGGAACUUUGGGGACGAUAUGCAGAGAUAACAAUGUAAUGAUGACGUAAACUAUUAGAACACAAAACUAUAUUGUGGAUGAUACUCAACAUUAGAGGGGCAUUCACAUUAUGUUAGAUUAUGUAGAGCUACAUGUCUUCUUGUUUUUAAAUGUUAUAAUAUUGUAUAUUGUAGUAAUUCACUAUUUAUUUGUUUGUCAUGUUACUAAUCUCUACCACUUUUAAUGACUGCAAACAAAUAAAACUUAAUGAUUGCACGUUGAUCUUUGCGGCCGCAGAUGCUAAAAUUAAAGUUAUGACUACCUGAUAUAAAAUAUCCCAUUUAGCUGAUGCAAAGUUACAGUUAAUAUGUAAAGAACCAGCCACAAGCAAAUGUAUAACUUCUGUUAAGUAAUGUUUUCAAAAUAAAAGUUAACUAAUCGCAGGUGUCAUUCA